AUGGGAAACGGAGUGAUGCAGGAGAUUAUGGACAGGUGCUUGCAGAUCCGUUCACUUAUUAGCUUCCAUGAAUUAGAUAAGCAAACAUUUCAACUUUCAAAGUUCUGUUACUUGAGAGUAUUGGUUUUGGAAGAUGAGGAUUAUGGGCAUCUUGGUAACCAGCAAAUCAAGUAUCUCGGAAGCCUUAUCCAGUUAAAGUAUUUGAAACUCAAUUCUGCUGGUAUUACCAAUCUUCCAAAUAGAAUUGGACACCUACAGAAUUUGCAGACACUAGAUCUGAGUGGCAGUAUUAUAGAAAAAAUUCCACCAACCAUUGGUCGUCUGCAAAAUUUGGUUCACUUCCUUGUUGGUGGUUAUUAUGUGUAUUUUCCUGAUGAUAUCGGAAAUCUUCAAGCCCUACGCACGCUUUCAUUCGUUUGCCCUUGUAACCCGGUGAACUUUGUGGGACAGCUCAGAAGAUUAACCAAUCUAAGGAUCCUUGGAAUCCAACUGCAUUGCAGUUGCAGAGAUAAACUUGGUGAUCAUGACAUGGAGAGGUACCAGGAGUCUUUAGAGUCAUCUCUCACUCUGUUGGCCAAACACGAGCUGAAGUCACUGGAGAUUGACUUUGGAGAUUACCCAGCAGCAGAUAAACUGAUGGAUUCAAUAUGCAGUGAUGCUCGAUGUCUUCAGAAGCUCAUAUGCUGUCCUUCUCUUAGUAGACUUCCGCAAAGGGUGUCAUCUCUUGUUAGUCUUGCCCACCUUGGCAUUGGUGUCACUAAAAUUAAACAGGAAGAGCUCUGCAUACUCGGAGGCAUUCCCUCACUGCUUUACGUCAGUCUGAUUUCAAGUGAAGCCCCUGGUGACAGGCUCACCAUCGGCAGCCAACUAUUCUGUUGCCUGAAAGAGUUUGUUUUCCGGACCAAAGGGAUUGGUGGGCUGAGGAUGGUUUGUGAAAGGGAAGCGAUGCCAAUGCUCAAAAGAUUUAAUCUCGAGUUUAACGCAGAAGAAUCAGAGUCUGAUAUGGGUUUUGAGUUCUCCUUUGAGCACCUUGCAAGCCUGGAGAACCUCAGUGUCGACAUUUAUUGCUAUGGUGCUACUAGAAGUAGGGUAGAGGCUGCAGAGGCUGCCAUCAGGAACACAACAGCCAGCAUCCAUCCUGGACGCCCCACACUUCAAAUCAAGAGAUGGUCCGAAGACCUAAUGGUCGAGGACAAGGAUGAGAAGGAAACAUGGCUGAAAGAUUAUACAACAGACUGUGAGGACGAGGUUGAUGCUAUGGAAGAAAGUGAAGAAACGGUGGCUAACCAGGAAAAUGACCUCGAAGAUCUUUAUGUGUCCAAAUAUCCGAGGUGA